AUGGCGAUGAGACCACCGGACAGGCCGCCGACUGCUCGCAUCAUUGUGGGCCAUGGUGGCCUCUCGGUCCUUUGCGCCAAUCUUCUGAACAUUGAGUACAUCGAUGUUGCAGAGCUGACUGUCUCAACAAUCGAGCUCAUAUCUCAGGAUCAGCCAGUACAAGUGCUGAAAGCGGGUGGUUUGGAGGCAAUCCUCACCUUCCUGGACUUCUUCCAAAUCUCCGUCCAGCGUCAAGCCGCCCAUGCUGCAGCCCUGAUGCUUCAAGCGGUGACACCUGCGCAAGUUUUCGAGCAGCACGUGAAGCCGGUGUUGCCGACCUUGGCACAAUUGUUGCAGCACUCUGACCCACAGGUGCUGCACUCCAUCUGUGAAUGCUGGCACAGAGUUAUUGAUGGAUGCAUCACAGCCCAUGAACGCCCCAAAGAAGACCCUGGCACGUUAGGCUCCUUAGUCUCACGCUUUGCUGCUGAAGCUCGCCUUCGUCUUGGUGCAGAGAAGCGUCCGGAGGAGGAGGACGAGGAUGAGGACGAGGAUGACGACGAUGAGCCGCCAAUCCCCGCAAUGCCGGCACCUCCCGUCAGCGAGACUCCAGCGGUGACCACAGAAAAGCUGUCGGCCAGCCUGAAGGAGGUCCAACCCACGGUGAGGUCUUGA